AUGACCAACUCUUUUGAUGUGCUGUUAUCCGAAACAGACUCAUCUUUCGAAUUGCCCGCGCUCCAUAGUGCAAGUGUCAGUGCUAGUGCGAGUGUCAACAGUGCCCUCCAUUUCCCUCCGAUUCCCAGCAUGACUGAAAGCCGGCCAGCAGAUCUGCAAUCCCUCGAGCCAAAUGGAAGAGACCCCUGCGUCAACCGACAAAUCAAUCAACGAGAACACAGCCCACUCUCCCUUGGCGAUACACUGGCCAAAAUCACAGCCGAACUCGCCGAACUCCGGCAGCGGAACGAGUACCUGGAAAAGAUUGCGAGUGAGUACUCUAUCCAGCUGGAAAAAUCCAACCAUCAAAUUGCUAAACUUGUCCAAUCCAACGAGGAGAAAGACAAUAUUCUCGCCGCUAUUUAUGUUAAGUCCCCCCGCGCAGCGGGAAACACCCCGGUGAAAGUUCCGGAUGUCAUCUCUCCGUCACCCGCAAACCGCGAUCCAUUAAACCUGCUAAAUCCCUCCACUUCAGGAACAAAGCAGUCCUCUCCUAUGCCCAGCCCUAGGCUAGUGGAAAAUGCCUCCACAAAUUCGACCGUCAAGAAACCCGCCGCAAAGAGAAGGCGUACAAAACAAGUUACCAACGUGUCACUCUCUAGUUUCGAACUCUCCGAUUUGGUGUUUGAAGAGUCUUGCGAACCCCAACCUCCACCAAGCUCCUCCCAAGCAGGGAAAAACGCGUUCGACGGUCACCUCGAGGACCCAGCGCAGCUGGAAUCGCAGGGGACUGCUAAUAUCCCCAAAACAAGGCCCCACCUCCCAUCACGAUCUUGGACCAAAGACUCUGGCCCAAAAUCAACAAAGCCCUCAUCGAGGAGAAAAUCCCUGUCCACCGCGUCAUUACCACAUCCCAGGGUACUCGCGUGUACCCCGAUGACGUCGAAAGCUUCCGUCGUAUCGUCCACGACCUUGACGAGAAAAAGGUCGAGUUCACCACACACACGCUCUACGAGGACCGUGAAAUGGUGGUCGUCAUCCGUGGAGUUAAUGAUCCAGGACAAAGUACCCUCCGCCCAUCGCGUCUACCGCAUGACAAAGGGUGACCGAACCUGGUCCUUGGUCACCGUGUACCUUGACGCUUCGGACCCAAACUCCCGUGCCAUCGACAACCUCAGGUCACUCGGGGGCACUUCCGUCCGAGUGGAAGAGAAGCGAAAGUCCAACGACAUCCCCCAAUGCCGUCGCUGCCAGAAAUUUAACCACACGGUUUCCUACUGCCGCGCUGCCUUUGUCUGUGGUUUCUGCAGCGCAAACCACGCCACCGCAACGUGUCCAAAAAAGGACACCACCCAAGCUACCCCUCGCUGCGCAAACUGCAACGGUGAGCACCGCGCCUUCUACCGGGGUUGCCCCGAAAUUCCUCACAAAGGAGCCCAUGCCCCCAAAAAAGGCACUCCACCUCCUCCCCCUUUUGUGAAACCCAACCUCCGUUCAACAGCCCAUGGCUCGUCCACCACCCGCCCGGGGAUGUCUUACGCGAACGCAGCAUCCUCUUAA